GAAAAAGGGGUUUUUUAAUUAGUAGCAUGACCAAUUAAAGAUAGAGCCGUAUCAAUAUAUAAUUGAGUAUAAUUGUCUUAUCGUUUUUUUUUGUGUGAAUACUAUUCAAGUCAAUAAACAAAUAAACUUCCUUUCAAAAUGGCACAAAUGUUUCGAAUAUAUACCCACUUAAUUUGGGUUGUCUUUUUCUGGCUCAAUAUCGUCAAUGGACUUGAAGCUGUAGCAUUCACACCUCAUGUCAAUGAUUAUGAUAUUAAUGGAGCUUCAUGUGGAUUAGUCAAGAAGAUAUCUGGUUCUAAAGAUCCAGCUUUUAUCCAUGCUUAUGUAGAUAACUUAUAUACUACCGAUGAGUCACUCAUCCCCACACUUAAGUUCCCCAUAAUAAUCUUCAAAUAUACUGAUAUUGCCAAUUUCACCAAUUUACCAACAUUCACCAAAUAUGACUCAUUGUAUAAAGAAGACAAGGCCGAAUUAUAUAAAGACUUGGUAGAUUUUGAGACCAACAAAUUUAAGUUGGAUUUAGCUAAGGAUGCACAAUUCAAUGAAGCUGAUAUCUAUAAUGAUUACAUUACUUUAGAUAACAAGGAUGACAGCGAACAUAUUGAUGUAAUAUUCCCAGUAGAAAGAUCUGGAUUCUAUUGUGUGUACAUUGCCCCUCCAACCGAUCAAUCAUUAACGUCUGUAACGAUUCCCGUUACUUUUAAGAAUUCAUAUGGAAAUUUGGGAUUCACUUAUUACUUAGAAAAUACACAGAGGAUAUAUGUUAUUAUCAUUGCUUGUGUGUUCUUUGGUUAUUUAUUGAAUUACAUCCUUCAGUUCAAAGUCGAUGAUGACUUCAAGAAUUUAAAUUCAGUCUCGUUAAUAUCUCGAGUUCUCGUAUUCUUUGUCGUUUUACCAUACAUCUUUUUGAAUAUUUAUUUAUGGUUCAUUUUCUUUUUGCUUAACAGAAUUUCUGAAAGUUACUUAUUAAAUGUGUUGGCUAAUUUUGGUAUAGCACUUGGAAGUACGUUCCAAGUAGUACUUAACUACUUCACAUUAUUAUUCGCUAUGGGUUAUGGAGUCAUUUAUUAUCACAAUGGUAACUCCAAGAACUAUAGAAUGAUGCCUCAAAAGUCCUUAUCACAUGCAUCAUAUCUUUUGAUUGCUAAUCUUGUUCUUUUAAUCGCAUUCAUCUUCUUAGAUAUCAAUGCAGUCAAGGCCAAUCCUUUUGUAAACAACCGUACCGAUGUUGAGAACUCUAAGUUUGUCACUCGUGCUCAUUCUGCUCUUGGAUUCAUUUUGAGUAUUAUUUCAUUCCUUUGGCUAAUCUUAUCCAUAGUUAAUUACUUCAAAACUAAGAAGAUUAUAAGUAAGUUUCCUACUGGAACUAAUGACAAACUUAUUACUGCAUUCAGGCGAUCGAUUUUGGUAAUAUUCGUAUUACCGGUAUUCAUAUUUUUCUUAUCUGUUGGUGUUUUGAUAUAUAAGCUUCUUCACAAUAUCAAGUUACCCACACAGGGAGUAAGUGAUUUAGAAAUGGAAGUGUUCCAAAUCAAGAUUAUGGAAACUUCACUUUUAGAAUCUUCUGGUUUAUUGUUCGUGAUCUGGUCUGAAAAAUUGACAUUCUUCUUAACUAUUGGAUUAAUGUAUGCAAUUUGGGUCAAGGAUAAUACUGGAGUUAUCUAUGAUCCAAAUGCCAACGAUCCAAUUGAAUAUGCAGAUGUAUCUCAGUAUGAGAUUAGUGAUGAAGAAGAUUUAGUAGGAGAUAACGAAGAAGAAGUUCGAGCCUAGAUGUUGUAUUAGAGAUUUGCUUUUGAAAGGUUUUAUGUUGUUGUUUAUUGUUACUU